CAAAGGUUACUGUGGUCAUCUCCCAAUCCACAACAUGUUGAUUAUUACCAUCGUAUCAGCAGUUUCCAAUCCUAGUCUUCCCUCUCUAUCUUACGCCUCCGGCCCGAUUCAACUCCUCUCUCUCACACGCGAUCCAAUCAGCGAGUGUCCCCUUCCUGUCUCAUAUUUUUCUAUUGUUUUUACAUUUUUUAUUAUUUUACUAUCGGUUUUCUCUUCGGCGAAACCAUGUGCCCAUUCUCGUCAGCGAAACCAAUCGGAGACUGAUCAGAGGUUCGCAGAAAGCAGCGAACCCUUAUUUUGAACGUUUCCUUUCGUUCUUACCUGAUUGAGUUGACGUCGCUUCGAUUAUCCGGCAAGUUUUAAGUGGUGUAUACAGUGUGUAUGCAUAGUGAAAAUUCAUUGAACGUAACGCAAAAAUAUUAGGUACACAAGAACGUUAAAUAUUUUAAAAUUAUGAAGUGAAAUCUGUAGGGAUUUCGUGCUUAUUAUUAGUUCUCGUAGCAUCUCCUUCAUUUCAUUGGUCCUUUAACCGAACGAACACAAAACUGGAAGGAUGGUGAUGAUCCGGUAUUAUCAAUUCCCGGGAUUGGACCCCAAAGUAACCGCGGCCAAGUUGAAAACCCUGCGGAACCAAUCGUGUCUGAUCGCCGGACUCAACACUGAGCUCUGCUUCAACGUCGAGAUCAACAAGGUGCCCACGGAGGAGGAACUGAAAAAACUCAGAUGGAUUCUCAGCUCCCCUUUCGACGCAGCCGCCCUUAGAGCUGAGCCUACCCUCAAAGGAGUUUAUUUGGGCAGCUCUUUAAUCGAAAUCGGACCCAGGUUAAAUUUCUCCACCCCAUUCUCGAGUAACGCAGUAUCAAUAUGUCAUUCUAUUGGUCUAACGUUCGUCACCCGUCUUGAGGUUUUUACUCGUUAUCUCAUCAAAUGGGAACAAGAUGGUCUCGACAUCGGAAACGACAUUGUUGAAGAGCUGACAAGUCUACUAUAUGACCGCAUGACGCAGUGUUGUUAUGAUAAACCCAUCACAAGUUUUGAACACGGGAUCGUCCCAGAGUCAUGGUUUGUCAUUGAUGUCCUCAAUGAAGGAAGGAAGGCCCUAGAAGUUGUCAACAAACAACUAGGCUUAGCGUUUGAUGAGUGGGAUUUGGACUUUUACACAGAGUUAUUUCAAAAGAAAUUGAAGCGUAAUCCAACAAGUGUGGAAUGUUUUGAUCUGGCUCAGUCUAACAGUGAGCAUAGUCGACAUUGGUUUUUCAAAGGUAAAAUGAUCGUGAACAGAAAGGAGAAAAAAGAAUCUCUAUUGGAUAUGAUCUUUAAAACCCAGGAAUGUUCCAACCAAAACAACGUAAUUAAAUUCAGUGACAAUAGCAGUGCCAUUGAAGGAUUCACCGUCACAAAGUUCAAGGCCUCUUCUCCAUCGAAACCCAGUAUCCUUUGCACUGAAAAAGGGAAAUUGCACCUUAUUUUCACUGCUGAAACUCACAAUUUUCCCACUGGUGUUGCCCCCUUCUGUGGUGCCACGACAGGAACUGGUGGUCGCAUCCGUGAUGUACAAGCAGUAGGCAGAGGUGGUUAUACAAUUGCGGGAACCGCAGGAUACUCUGUUGGAAAUUUAUUUAUACCUGAUUACAAAUUACCAUGGGAGAACAAAAAAUUUGCAUACCCGAAAAACUUCGCCUCUCCUUUAGAUAUAUUGAUCGAAGCUAGCAAUGGUGCUUCUGAUUAUGGUAAUAAAUUUGGUGAACCUUUGAUCAGUGGCUUUACAAGAUCUUUCGGACUUGCUGACUCAUCUGGCGAACGAAGAGAAUGGAUCAAACCCAUCAUGUUUAGUGGUGGUAUAGGAACCAUGGAUGAGAAUAUGACCGAAAAAUUACCUCCAGAGCCUGGCAUGCAGGUCGUUAAAAUUGGAGGCCCCGUUUAUAGGAUUGGAGUAGGCGGAGGAGCAGCUAGCUCCAUAGAAGUUCAGGGAGACAAUAAGGCAGAAUUAGAUUUCGGCGCUGUACAACGAGGAGAUCCUGAAAUGGAACAGAAGAUGAAUCGUGUCCUAAGAGCAUGCCUUGAGCUCCCUGAUUACAAUCCUAUCACUAGUAUCCAUGACCAAGGUGCUGGAGGCAAUGGGAAUGUACUCAAAGAACUUGUUGAGCCUACAGGUGCAGUCAUUUUCACAAAAAAAUUUCAACUGGGAGAUCCAAGCAUAAGCACUCUGGAACUAUGGGGAGCAGAAUAUCAAGAGAAUGAUGCUUUGCUGUGUAGACCUGAACAUGUUGAAAUAUUGCGGACAAUCGGGGCGAGGGAAAGAUGUCCUGUCAAUUUUGUUGGAGUUGUCACAGGAAACGGUAAAAUUAUUUUAUCGGAGGAUGAUGAAACAAACAUAGAUGCGCUGGAAUAGCAUCUGCCAUUGGUGAACAGCCAAUCAAGGGUCUUCUCAAUGCUGCUGCAGGUGCUCGUAUGACAGUGGCUGAGUCCCUAACAAAUCUAGUAUUUGCUGUCAUCUCGGAUCUAGCUGAUGUCAAGUGUAGUGGAAAUUGGAUGUGGGCUGCCAAAUUGCCGGGAGAAGGUGCGGAACUUUACUCCGCCUGCGAGGCCAUGUGCGAAGUCAUGCGCGAUCUUGGGAUUGCUGUUGAUGGUGGUAAAGAUUCUCUAAGCAUGGCAGCAAGAGUAAACGUUGAAACCAUCAAAGCCCCUGGUACUCUAGUUGUAUCCACAUAUGCACCUUGUCCAGAUAUCAGGAAGAAAAUUACUCCUGAUUUUAAAUUGCCUGCUUGUAAUCGGCAUGGUGAACUAGUAUUGGUUGAUUUAUCAAAUGGUUUCAACAGGUUAGGCGGAUCGGCAUUAGCUCAAUGUUAUAUGCAGUUGGGAGAUAGUGUUCCAGAUAUGGAAUCACCGUCAGUUUUCAAAUCUGCAUUCAAAACUACACAGAGCCUCAUUUCAGAGGGAAAAGUGACUGCAGGACAUGAUGUAAGUGAUGGUGGAAUUGUUACUUGCUUACUAGAAAUGGCUUUCGCAGGAAUGUGUGGAUUCUCAGUAGAUUUAAGUCAUAAAUUAAAUGAAAAGUCAUCCAUCAUUGAUAUAUUAUUUGCCGAAGAAAUUGGCUGGGUCCUCGAAACUGAUGCAGCCAACUUGCAAUAUGUGCUCGACGCAUUCAAGACAAGUCAAGUUCCGUGUUACCAUAUUGGAUCAUCUGCGCAGUUCGGCAUGUCAUCUCCUAUUCAAAUCAAAAUUGGCGAAACAAUUGCUGUGAAAGGACCUCUAUUCAUUUUCUUCUCUUUAUGGGAAGAAACCAGUUACCGGCUUGAGUGUCGACAAAUGAAUGCUGAGUGUGCUUUUGAAGAAUUUGAUUCAUUAAUACAUCGGCGAGCUCCUGUCUACAAAUUUUCCGCAAAACCAAAAAUCCCUCGAACUCUUUCAUCAACAAAACACAAAGUAGCCGUAUUAAGAGAAGAAGGAACAAAUGGUGAUCGAGAAAUGGCAGCUGCUCUGUACAUGGCAGGAUUAGAAGUUUGGGAUAUUCAUAUGCAAGAUUUACUGGAUUCCAAGAUAGAUCUUGACAUCUUCAGAGGUCUUAUAUUCCCUGGAGGAUUUAGCUAUGCAGAUGUUCUGGGUUCCGCAAAAGGAUGGGCGGCUAGUCUACAGUUAAAUCUAUUUUUAAAGGAAAAAAUGGAUCGAUUUUACAAUCGUAAAGACACAUUUAGUUUGGGUGUUUGUAACGGUUGUCAAUUGAUGUGUUUGCUGAAUUGGGUUGGCGUACAAAAUGAUGAAAAAAAUUCACCAAGUGUUAUUCUCAGUCAUAACAAUUCUGGCAGAUUUGAAUGCAGAUUUAGCACUGUCAAAAUUGAAAAAUCUCCAAGCAUCCUCCUGAAUGGAAUGGAAGAUUAUGUCCUGGGAGUUUGGGUGGCACAUGGUGAAGGACGGUUUGUAUUCAGAGACGAACACAUUCAAUCAGCCUUAGAAAAGAGCAAAUGUUUUGCUAUCAGAUAUGUUAAUGAGCAAGAAAAACCAACCACCAAAUACCCUCUCAAUCCUAAUGGAAGCCCAG